CGGCUCCUCCCUCGGGGGCGGGGAGGGGCGGGGCGGCGCGCGCGCCCCCGCCAGGGUUACAGCGGCUGCGCCCCGCCCGCCGCCGCCGCCGCCAUGGACAGCGACGAGGAGACGCUGGAGGAGACCGUGGAAGGGCAUCUAGAUGAUGAUGGAUUGCCACAUGGAUUCUGUACAGUCACCUAUUCAUCAACAGACAGAUUUGAGGGAAACUUUGUGCACGGAGAAAAGAAUGGCCGCGGCAAGUUCUUCUUUUUUGAUGGAAGCACCCUGGAAGGGUACUAUGUCGAUGAUGCCCUACAAGGCCAGGGAAUCUACACGUAUGAGGAUGGAGUGGUCCUUCAUGGCACGUAUGUGGAUGGAGAGCUGAAUGGACCAGCCCAGGAGUAUGACAGUGAUGGGCGGCUGAUAUUCAAAGGGCAGUAUAAAGACAACAUUCGACAUGGAGUUUGUUGGAUUUAUUACCCGGAUGGAGGCAGCCUUGUGGGAGAGGUGAAUGAAGAAGGGGAAAUGACUGGAGAGAAAAUAGCCUAUGUGUACCCUGAUGGAAAGACUGCAUAUUCUGGAAGGUUCAUAGAUGGAGAAAUGAUAGAAGCAAAAUUGGCGACUCUGACAUCUGUAGAGGAUGGGAAACCUCAGUUUGAAGUAGUACCAGGCAGCCCAGUAUACAGUUUUGACAAAUCUACUUCAUCCUGCAUUUCUACAAAUGCACUUCUUCCUGAUCCUUACGAGUCAGAGAGGGUGUAUGUUGACGUCUCUCUCAUUUCCAGUGCUGGAGAAGGAUUAUUUUCAAAAAUAGCAGCAGAAGCCAGUACGGUUAUGUCCUUUUACAAUGGAGUGCGAAUUACACACCAGGAGGUAGACAGCAGAGACUGGGCCCUGAAUGGAAAUACAAUAUCCCUGGAUGACGAAACAGUCAUAGACGUGCCAGAGCCCUACAACCACGCUGCCAAGUACUGUGCCUCGCUGGGGCAUAAGGCCAACCAUUCUUUCACUCCUAACUGCAUCUAUGACCCGUUUGUUCAUCCUCGUUUUGGGCCUAUCAAGUGUAUCCGUACCAUCAGGGCUGUGGAGAAGGAUGAAGAAUUAACAGUGGCUUAUGGAUAUGAUCACAACCCAGUUGGGCAAAAUGGGCCAGAAGCACCGGAGUGGUACCAGCUGGAACUGAAAGCUUUCCAGGCUGCCCAGCAAAAGUGAAAUGGGAGUUCCUUCUCUGUUCAGCAAACUGAAAUAGAAACUUGGAUCUAUGCACUACCUUUAUACUGAAAACUGGACAACCAGGGAUUGUUCAUGCUGUUGCAUCAUAACUUUGCAUUCUGUGUUAAGAGAUAAGUUUCUUGCAUACUAACUAGGUUUGACUGUGUUACUCAUAGCAGAUUUAAAAUUAGCUAGCGUUGCACCAGUCUUAUCUGGAGAAAUUAUUUAAUAUUCUAUACGAGAUGUGAUAUUCUUUAGUAGCUUCUGCUUUUGCACCAUAUGCAAAGAUGCCAAAAGACUAGACAGAAAACUAAAAUGGGUAUAUCGUUCACUUUUAGUCGGCAGACUUAGUGUCGUUCUCUAUCUGCCUAGGCAUUAUUGUGCAACUGCAUUUUGCAUAUAUGCCACUUGUGAUGAUAACAGUAAUAUUUUGAUAUUCUCUAAUAGUAGCAUAAUUUUGCCUUUUUAAACCUUUGAUCUGAAUCUUGCAAUAGAGCAGUUUAUUUAUUAGCAUAUAGGAGGCUGGGUUUUAACUCCCCUUUCCUCUUGUCUGAACGUUGUUCUUUCUACAAAUCCUCUUUUGCAGGAGAAAAUCCUUUCUAACUAGUGGAAAGGCUUGUGUGUGUAUGUGAGAGUGCUGUGUGUUGGUCUCUGUGGCUCUCUAAAUAGUAUAGCAACAUGUCCAAACCUAAUAUUUAUCUAGCCUUUAUGGCUGGCUUAUUUUAUUUAAUUUAUGAUUAUGACACGCAAAUGAAGCUGUUCUUUGCAUGAAGAUUUUCUGAAAGGAGAAACAGAUUUGCUUUUUGAAGGACUUUCAGAAGUACAUGUCCUGGAAGGCAAGCACAUUACUUGCAUUAGUGUCUGCGAGUUGGUUUGCGUUUUUCACCAGUUAAAGUGGCCAGUUCUCGAGGCAAAAAUUCUAGCAAUGAGAUGCUUGCAUCUCGCCUGAAUUCUCAUAAAGGAGGUGUAUGUAUCUGAGGGCAGGCUGUAGUACUUGGUUAAGGAGAGCUGUAUCUUUUGUACAUGUUCAGUUGACAAAGAAUAUAGCCUUGUAGCCAUCUUCUAGUAGUACUGGUUUAAGACACAGUAAAUUAAUAUAGUAUGAGAUAUCAAAAUAAGGUGUUUUUUUUAAAAAAAAAAGAUACUAAAAGAUUGUUUUUGAAAGACAAACAAUGAAUGUAAAAACAUCACUCACCGCUCAUAUUUAGAAACAGCCGUCAAUCCAUAGCUGCUUUGCAGCCAACAGUGGGGGCUUGUGAAUAUUCAUCUUCAGGGCUGUGUUCUGGGGUUUUUCAGGGGUAGGAAAAUUGUGCAUUUUUUUCAGGUACUGUACUGGUCUUGCCUAAUGCUGUGUAAGAGAGAAAUAAUGUGUCAUCUCUGUCUGGAUACUGGAGCCCUUCUGGGACUCUGAUGCUCUCUUUUGGGUUUAGCAGCUUAGGAAAAACUCAAAUGCAUUUGCAACACUUUCUUGAAAUGUUUGUAGUUUUAAAAGUUUGUAUAUAUGUAACAUAAACAAUUUGGAAAUCAGACCUACCUUUCUAUUGCAACACGUUGGUUGGUUGCUCGAAUGGUGUCUGGCUGUCUGGGGAGCUAGACAUGGAGAAUGUGUUGCGUUGGUACCUGCAAGUGGAAGGAUGAGGUUGCUGGUUUGUGCAGUCUGAAAAUCCUUGCUUUGGUACCUGGACAAAGUUAGGAAUUAUUAAUAAGAACCUCUCCGAUUUGGGGCUUUGUUUAGUCCUUGUGACUGAGAACAGACCUUUUCCAGCACCUCACCAUUUAAGCUUGCACAAAAGCUACUCUGUGCAUGUGCUGGAGAGGGGGGCGAGUAGGCUCAGGGCUUUUUGAUAUUCUUCCAGCAAUGAUCUGAAUGUGAGCUUUGACACCACUCAUCUCCUUGCGCUGGAGACUCAGGCCACAGAUCCGCUUCUCAUCUAGGGCAGGUGGCUGGCAGAGGUGACAGCUCAGGGACUCAGCUGAGUGUGCAGAAACAGAACCAAGCCUCACAGGUGAGUGAGAGUUGUCAAAGGCCGAUUGGCAGCACAGCUUCAGCACAUGAAUCUCGGAAAGAAAUGUGCAUGUCUUGAUCUUUUCCUACCUGCCCACGGGUCAUUAUUUUACAACAUUGCUGUUUCAGCCAUUUGCAGAAAAGCGUGCCUCUCUGGUAGGAAGCUGUUGGGUGCAUCUUGUGGGUUAUUCUGCCAGGAUCGUGAAGUUUACAAAGUUGAGGCUUGUGUUUAAGUGCAGGGAAGAGGAGAGGGAAGAUACAUGACUGAACCCUGCUGUGAAUGGAUGGGAAUUCCUUCCACAGUCUUGACAACCUGCUUUGGACUGCUGGCCUCUUUGUGCCCACUAGAGAAUUGUGCUUAAAAUGUUCUGAUCUCUAGAGCUCCUUUGGCUUCAUUCCUGAUCAGUCUCCAGUUCCUCUAUCUCCUCUUAGUGUUGAGUUGCUUACGUUUUAAUAGAUUUUACAGUCUUCAUAUUGCCUGAUUCUUGAGAUAAAUUCAAGAUAGGUGCUCUUUGUGCAUCAGGUUUGAAGGCUGCAUCCUAGAAUAGGGAAAUUGUAGGGGAUAAAAAGGCACUGAGGUAUCCUCUGUGUGUUCUCAAAAGCUGUUAUUUUGGCAACAGUCAAGAAGCUUCUCUUGCUCUUGUGUAUGCUUGUAAGCCUGGUAGUAUGCCACAACUGUGACUAUUGUCUCUGUUAGCUCUACUUGUCCUUUUUCUCUCUGCUCUGUUAAAAUCUACUGGUCGUCCUAGCAAUCCCUUCUUCAGUGACCAACCUUCUAUAAAACUUGUGAUUAUAAAGCUGCUUUGGCUUGAUUCAGGACCAAGCCUUUCAAUUUUUUGUUUGCUUUUACUUUGUGGUCUGGUAGAGUGGAGACGGUCGGGAUGUUUUUUACCACUGGGUAGUGAAAGGGCUCAGGCCGCAGUGUGUCCUUCAGAGGUGUCUGAGAGGUGUGCGUUGGCAACCACAGAUUCAACCACAGGUUAGUUGCAGAACUCCAAACAAUGCCUUAACUUGGUCAGCGUAUUGCAACUCAGCUUCUGGGGCUCACUAGGUAGCGAGACCGGCUUAGCAGAACAAUUUAUCAGGAGUAACACGAGACCCACACCAAAACACGGUUUGAAUUUGGAGCAGAGGAAGCAGCCAUUUUGCAGAGCUCUCCGUUUGAGCCUGUUGAACGCAGCUGUCUGUUGGUGAAUAUGCAAUAAGGAAGGAAGCUCCACUUCUCAGGAGUCUGGCCAAAGACCUGUCCUGUUGGCACAGAAACUGGAAGAAGAGCUGAUGCCUAUCAGCUGAGCCUGGGUGAGCAGCUGGCUUUCGGAAUACCUGUUGUGGCUAAAGAAUGGCAUAAGAGAACCUGGAACCGCUGCUUUUUUCAGGUAUGGAUCAGUUCCCAAUGUCUGCCUUUGGUCUGCAGUGCUGCACGUGGCUCCUCUGUGAUGGGAGGCUCGUUACCUGAGCUCCUUUGUGAGAAGGAGCCUCUUAUCAGCCUGUAUUAAAGGCUGCUGAUUGUUUCUAUCUCUCUCUCUCUGUUUUUUUAAUAUCGUAAAUGGAUCUUCCUGCUACGGCAGCACUGUGUUUUGUCACCAAGAAUACAGAAGCUUAAUUUUCUGGAGAAGCGGUUAAUCUUGGAGACAAGAGCAUGAGAAGUUACAGCUGAGAGCUACCUGCUGCUGGGUCACUCCUGGAUAAGAGGGAAAAGGGCUUAGGCCUAGGGGAGGUGUCUCAAGUUGAGUCUCAUGCUAUAAUUUUACAUUUUGGAAUCUACUAAAAUACCUGGUUUUCCUUCACAAAUCUGAAAAGGCUUUUUUUCUUUUUUUUUUUUGUUAGUGAUUAAAAAAACCAUUAACCUACAUAAAAUAUAUGUAAGUCUUAACUGUUGAAAAAAUCAAAGGAAGUCCAUGGAUAUGGCUUUUCAGUGAUCAGAGUGAGAGCUGUGAUAGUUUUCUGACUUCUUCCAUAGCUGCAACAACACCCGCUAGGAUGGUGCAUGGUUUUGCCCAGAUGCAGCUCCUGGGUGACUCAUGCGGGCUUCAAGACCUUUGGGAGGCCGAUGGCUCAACCUUGCCAGGCUGCAUGGUCUGGAGGCGACUCGGUGGCCUUCUCCUUAGUUCACCCUUUUCGGGUGCAGAGCUUUCAGUGUUGCACACAGUUGGCAGUGGCUGGAGUUUCUUUCCUGGGGCUGUUGAAUUACGAUGCUGGUGUGGAAGCAAGAGUGCCAUCAGGGAUUUCUCACCCUCUUGCCAGGCACUGGAGGAGCAGAGUAGCCAACGCAUCCCCUCUGGUAUGAGAAACUGAGAAGUGGUAGAAAUUGCCACUUCUGUUUCCUUCCCAGUUGACUGCCCUUGUCCUUCAGUCAAAACCGGUGCUCACCCCUUCAGUUGCGCUAGGAAGUGUACGGUGUCACUUCUGUCCCAGAGACCUCUGUGAUUUCUAUCCUUUCACUCGAUUUGAUAGUCUUUUUGGAAAAUGCUGCCGAUGCAAUGAGGUAAACGAGUUGUACAGAGCUGGUUAUCUGCUGCUUUGUUUUCCUCUGGCACAGCAGAAUUGCUGGAGCUAUGGGUGCCUGAGGACUUCGCCUCGAAGCACUUUAAAAAACAAACAAACAAAAAAACCCCACACACAAACAACAAAAAAACCAAACCACAAACCAAUUGCUUUGAAAACAAUGUUGCUGAAGUGUCUCCUUAUGUGCUGAGGUGCUGCAUUAGAUGCCUCUUCCUCACUUACACCCCACGGUUGCAUGCUGAGAGCAUUUGCGCGAGGAACGCAGGCGUGGGAGCAGUUUACCUGUGGGUGUAAGUGGGCUUCAUGCUCACCUGCGCCCAGGGAAGAACUUGUUCCUUUUGCUUUGUGUAUUGGAAACACGAGAAGUAGUAUUUUUGGACAGAGCAUUUCUAAGCAGUCUUAUAAGGGAAUUCAUUUAUUUAUUUAUUUAUUCUUAAAAGGAAAAAAAAAAAAAAAAGGUGCAAGAUUGAGUGCAUGUUUACUUGCCCCAGAUCAAAGGUUUUGAACACUAAGGUCACUAUCUGUUGAAUGGACCCUCCUCUUGGCGCUCUUCUGUCUUCAGGCAAUUGAAGCUCCUGCCCUCUUUCUCUAUCAGUUUUACUGUAACUACUGGUUUGGUUUUUUUUUUUUUCCUUCCCCGAGAGAAGUAUAUAUACAAAAAAUCUAAGCAAUUAAACGUUCAAGCCAUAAAAACAUGAGUGUGGGAAGACCCACUUCACAAGUUUUAACAUAAUUUGUAUGUAAAAUGAUGUUUGUAUGAAAUAUUUUCACGGUAGAAUGAAUAUUCAAAAAAAAAAAAAUCCGGUAAGAUCUAAACCAAAUUUAAAAGGAUGUCUUUUUGUAAGGUGCAAGUGUAAUUGAUUACCAGUAAGUAGAUUAUUUUUUUUUUAAAGGGGAGAUGUAACAAAUGAUCUUUACAAUUACAAAUGGUCGUUUCUGCUAUUUGGGGAAGUAUUUAUGCAGCAUUACACAUGGCUGUCAUAAAUAAUUGCAAUAGCAAGGCCAGUCACAUCUUCAGGACAUACCUCUCAGCUUGUCCCUUCAUGAUACUGUACAAAUGGACCCAUCCCUCCUUUCUGCAGAUUUCCUCCUAGGAGACUUUUUCCUACUGUAACUGUACUGAGUAUAACUCUUGAGCUAAGAUCCAGACUAAAAUUGUGUAUUACUUAACAGUUUCUGCUGGGCCUUCUGCUAUUUUAAUACUCUUUAGCCCAUAAUUACUGGGUGUCUCUGUUCUGAAGAACUAAGUGCUAAAGAAUAAUCCUUGGGGUAAGCUUAUACAUGUGUUAACAGUUAACCCCGGAGUAUUUAACUUGUAUACAGUACUUGAUAGGUGUUUUAUGACAUUUGUACUCGAACUAUGAGCCUUACUGAACAUCUGUAGGUUUAUUCAUGACUUUUAAAAAAUGGAUAACUCUAAGAAAGAUGUUUACAUGAAUGAUGAUUGCCCUUCCUUUGAUGUUAUGAAUGAGGUUUUUAUAGUGUGUUUGGGUGUAUGUGCAAGGAAGUAAGAAAAAUGUUUCUGGGGAAAAAUAGACUUGACAAACAUUUGUAAUAAGUGAAUUUUAAAGAUUGCUUUAAUUGCGCUAUGAAGGCAAUGCAGAUAUUAAAAUAUUCAACAGAA